GAUGACUCGCAGCUCGCUCAGCCGCCGCGUUUCGGGUUCUAAGCCGAGAGCCGCGGCUCCACCAAGGGAUGUGAAGUCCCCCAGCCCGGCCGCUGAUUGACUCUCCGCCAUCAAGGCCCCUUCGGUAUUCCGCCUCAAACCCGGACGCACGGGAAGAACGCGGCACGAUCAGGCAGCUAACCUUGCGAUCACGGCACAAAAUGGUGGGGAGGCCAAGACGCACCGAGGGGAAGGGGGGGGGAACAAAAUAAAACCCAGCUACGCGCAGGCUCGGAGAGAGAAGCGACGACGAGCAGGAGGGAGGGGGAAGGCGGUGCCUGGACCCGACCGGGGAUGACAAGUUCUGCGCAGGCGCACGCGGCGUGUCCCGCGCCUGGGGACGGCUCGCGGACUCCGGCGCAUGCGUCCGGCCGAAGGGACUGAGUGCGGCGGAGCCGUCCCUCCCUCAGGCGGGCGGAGGGAUUUUAGUGCGAGUGCGCAGCGGCUCCGGCCCGUCCCCGCGCGAGGCCGUCGGUGUGCGCGUGCGCGGGAGCGCUGCGGGACGCGGGGUCAGCGCGCGUGCGGGCUGCGGGGCUUUGCCUUUCCCCCCCCUCCCCCCUGUUCUCUUUAGUGCGUCUCGGGUUUGCCACCAUUUUGUACUGCAGCUGCGGGUUUUCCGCUGUUGUUUGUUUAACCUUGCUCGCCAGCCGAAGCGACGGCCCCCAUGGCUGAGAGUCCGUCGGUGGCAGGGCAGGGAGAAUCUGCGUCUCUGGCUGCGGCGGGAGCGUCCGGGUCGGAGUCGUCAGAAAACCGGCGGCGGCUGAGCGAGCUGCGAGUCAUCGACCUGCGGGCCGAGCUCAAACGCCGUAACUUAGACAGCGGCGGCAACAAGAGCGUUCUGAUGGAGCGGCUGAGGAAGGCUAUUGAGGAGGAAGGGGGGAAUCCUGAUGAAAUUCCAGUGAUUUCAGAAAAUAUCAUGAAGAAAACUCCAAAAAGAAGCAGCAAAGGACGUAGAGCAGAUGAAGAGGGAGUAGAAGAUAACGGCCUGGAAGAGGAUUCGGGAGAUGGACAGGAGGAUAUUGAAGCAAGUUUGGAUAACUUGCAAGAUAUUGACAUGAUGGAUAUUAGUGUGUUAGAUGAAGCUGAAAUAGAUAAUGGCAAUGCGGUAGAUUGCACAGAGGAUUACAGUGCUGAUAAUAUUCUUGACUCACUGUCUGAUAGUAAAGAAAAUGCUGAUGCAGAAGUGAAAGAACUUCCAGAUCAGCCUACAGAAUAUGCUGUAGGUAACUUGAAGGCAUCCCCACAAUUUUCUGAAAUUAAAGAAGAAUCAAGAGAAAUACCAGUAGUGAUGGUGGAGGUUGAAGAUGUUGGAAACAGUUUAGAUGCUUCUUCAUCUGAUUUAACUGUAAUAAAGGAACUUGAAGAGUUACCUUUGGAGCCAGAAAAUGAGAAAAUACUCGACAUUUUGGGGGAAACUUGUAAAUCUGAAGUACUUAACGAAGAAACUUCCGAAGCGGAGCGGCCGCAUGCACAGGAAGCAAGUAACGUGGUGCCAGGCAAGAGGCUGGCGGAGGAAGAGGACGCUCUUGCUGCCGCUCAGUUGGAGGAAGAGGCUUUAGAUUUGGACAGCAAAUCGGCACAAGCUAUGGCAAGGAAGGAAGCAAAGCGUUUAGUUGUAGCAAAAGGAGGGGAGACAAGUGAACAGACAAUAGAGGAAGAGAAGCCGGACUCUGACUCUUUAGUAGUAGAGAGCCCAAGCGAUCAGAGUAGCAAACGCUCCCAAGGCCUGGAAGCCUCUAGUGGGGAACCGGCGGAAAAAGGCGCGGGUCCCGAAGGCCAAGAUAGCAAAGAAGAUGGCAAGCAAACAGAAGACAAAGCUAUUUCAGAGGAAUCCCCUGCCACUAAAGAGUCCUCAGCCAGUGAGGGCGCUGAUCAGAAAAAGAGCCCUGUUGAGGAGGACAGAGAUGCAAAGACCAUUUCAAAAGAUGAGAAAGGCCGUGCUGGUAGUGGUUCUGGCAGAAAUCUGUGGGUUAGUGGACUUUCAUCCUCUACUAGGGCUACAGACUUGAAGAAUCUUUUCAGCAAGUAUGGAAAGGUUGUCGGUGCGAAAGUUGUGACAAAUGCUCGCAGUCCUGGUUCUCGCUGCUACGGCUUCGUUACUAUGUCAACGUCUGAAGAAGCCACUAAGUGCAUUAAUCAUCUCCACAGAACAGAGCUGCAUGGAAAAAUGAUUUCUGUGGAAAAGGCAAAGAAUGAACCAGCUGGGAAGAAGCCUUCAGACAAAAAGGAAGGUGAAGCAAGGAAGGAAAAAGACAGGCACCAUUCUUCAGAGUCCAAAUCUGAGAAGUCUUCAGGUAUUAAGAAGGAGGAGAAGAGUGACAAAAAAGAUGAUGCUAAGAAAUCAGAAAAAGAUGGAAGAGAUGACAAAGAAGGAAAAGACAAAGAUGACCAAAAAGCUGGAUCCUCUGAUAGAUCUAGGGCAAGCAAAUCAGCGAGUCGAGGGACCGAAAGGACAGUGGUGAUGGAUAAAUCUAAAGGGGAACCAGUGAUUAGCGUGAAGACUUCUACAUCAAAAGAGAGGAGUACAAAAAGCCAGGAUCGUAAAUCAGAGAGCAAAGAAAAGCAAGACAUCUUAUCAUUUGAUAAAAUCAAAGAGCAGCGGGAACGGGAACGACAGCGACAGAGGGAGCGAGAAAUCAGGGAAACGGAAAGACGCCGAGAGAGAGAGAGGCGUGAGCGAGAACAACGCCUUCAAGCUAUUCAUGAGAGGGACGAAAGACAGAGGCUCCAGAGGGAGAGAGAGCGCCUUGAAUUUCAAAGGCAGCGUCUUGACAGAGAGCGUUUGGAGAGGGAGAGGCUGGAGAGAGAAAGAAUGCACAUAGAGCAGGAGAGGAGACGAGAGCAGGAGCGAAUCCAGCGGGAGAGGGAAGAGCUGCGGCGUCAGCAGGAGCAGCUGCGCUAUGAACAGGAGCGACGCUCUGCCAUGAGGAGGCCUUAUGAUCCUGAUGGCAGGCGGGAUGACCCGUACUGGCCAGAGGCCAAGCGAAUGGCCAUGGAUGACAGGUAUCAUUCUGAAUUCAGUCGUCAAGACCGCUUCCACGACUUCGACCACAGGGAUCGUGGCCGGUACCAAGAUCACUGUUUGGACAGAAGAGACGGUUCGAGAGGAAUACCAGAUCGAGAUGGGCAGCAUUACCCAGAGGAACGGCACGGAGGGCCCGAUCGUCACUCCCGGGAUAGUUGGGGUGGCUACGGGUCUGACAGAAGAAUGAGUGAAGGGAGAGGGAUACCCCCACAAACCCGAGAUGGACGUGACUGGGGAGAUCAUGGUCGAAAGUUAGAGGGGCAUCAAGAUCGUUCAUGGCAGGGAAAUGUGGCUGGAGGAAUGAUGGGACGGGAUCAUGAGAGAUGGCAAGGUGGUGAUAGAAGCAUGCCUGGUCAGUCAGGACCAGGCCAUGUGAUGAAUCGAGGAGGGAUGUCAGGGCGUGGAGGCUUCACCCAAGUUGGAAACCAGAGCCAGGUGCUGCAGAGCAGCGGGAUCCAAGGAGUGUUUGCAGGCCCGGAGCGGCCGAGCCGAGCGCCCGAGCCCCGUUUCACCCGCCGUUACUGAAGCACUAGAGACAUACAGAGAGAUAUAUAUAUUACUAUUUUUUAAUGCCAGAUGACAAUGGUGGUGAAUUUUAUUAACCAAGGGUCACUUUGAAUUUGUGAUUAACAGCGAGGCUGCUGCUGCAUUGUAGCCAAAUAUUCAACUUGUCGGUUUGGUUUCUUCCGUUUUUGUUUUUUAAUAAACGUGUUCUUGGUCAAACAUCA